AUGUCAGCUAAGCAGGAAUCACCCGUCAUUGUAGGCAAAAUACGCUCCGCAUGGGGGCUGCGUGGUGAUGUAGGCGUUGAGGUGCUGUCGGACGCUCCCGAACGUUUUGCUGUAGGAAGCGUCUUGUGGCUCAAGGGCAAACCCACCCGGGUGGAGCAUGCCCGCAAGAGCAAACGCGGUGUUACCGUAAAACUGGACGCCGCCAAUAAUCGCACGCAGGCUGAAGCGCUGCGUGGCGAAGAUCUGACCGUGCUGCUGGACCAGGUGGAGCGAUUGCCCGAUGGCACGUACUAUCACUUCCAGAUUUUAGGGGUGCGCGUUCUUACGGACGACGGUGAGCAACUCGGCUCAGUCAGCGAGAUAAUCGUCACGGGCGGCAACGACGUGUAUGUCGUUCACCAAGAAGGCCGGCGCGACAUCCUGAUACCUGCGCUGCCGGAUGUUGUUCUGGAUGUCAACCUUGACACCGCCACGAUGCUGGUUGAUCUGCCGGACGGGUUAGCUUAG